AUGAGCAGCGGCGGGGAAAAGGGAGAGCUUGCCCGAGCGCUCUUAGAUCCAUGUUCAGAGGCCACUCUUAUAAGCCUCGACCUCGUCCGCAGACUCGGCUGCCAACUCCGCCGCACGAACACCAGUAUUACCGGGGUUACCGGUCCAGCUAUGGACUCAGCCAGACAUCAGGCGACUGUCUACAUCGUCGAGCCUUCCGGCGGCCCUCUGAUCAAGACGGGGGCCUUCGUUCUGCGCUCGCUCGGCAUCAUUACUCCUUCGGCAAUGCCGGGCUCAAAACUGUCUCUGCUCAAGCGUAAGCUCCUACUCGCAGACCCGACCUUCCACCGACCAGGCCGAAUCGACGUCGUGAUAGGAGCAGACGUCUACCACCGCAUCAUCAGAACCGGCACAAGGAGAUUCGGACAGCUUGUCGCCCAGAACACGUCGUUCGGCUGGACCGUGAUGGGCUCCGCUCACUCCAAACAGGCAAGCGACGUCCGUCAAAGCAUCCAGACCCACGCCGUCUCCGCUCGCGCUACAAGCGAUCUGAGUCACGAAGAACUGCUCGCACUGGUCCAGCGCUUCUGGGCUCUCGAGGAAGUGCCGGUCGCGAGGAGGAUCUCCAAGGCUGACCAAGAGUGCGAAGCGAUCUACGCGCGAGGCGUUCGUCGCGAGACAAGCGGACGAUAUGUCAUUCGGCUGCCGUUGAAGCCCGAAUACGCCGCCUCGCUCGGUGACAGUCUACUCCACGCCCGCUCCACCCUCUUCUCUAUGCAGAGGCGAAUGCUCGCCGACCAAACGCUGCGCGAGAGUUAUCAGGAGUUCAUGGAGGAGUACAUUCGACUGGACCACAUGAGAUUACUCUCGGAGUCGGAACUUCAGGAGAACAGAAGCACCAUCUACUACGUGCCGCACCACGGCAUCUGGCAGCGCAGCGACAGCGGCCCUAAGCUCAGGGUCGUCUUCAACGCCUCUUGA